CCAGUGUACCGUUCCCACACAUCAAGCUACUUUGCUUCUCGAUUCAGUCUCCUGACUCUGUGCUCGCUGUGCUUUAACAAUGGGUGACUCUAUCAUGGCUGAGUUUGGCAAAGCUGCUCCGUACCUGAGGAAAUCCGACAAGGAGCGCCUGGAAGCCCAGACCAGGCUAUUUGACAUUAAGACCGAGUGUUUUGUGGUGGAUGAAAAGGAGGAAUACGUCAAGGGCCAGAUCACCAGCAAGGAAGCCGGCAAGGUGACCGUGAAAAGAGAAGAUGGGACGAUCGUCACUGUGAAAGAGACAGAUGUGCACCCUCAGAAUCCGCCGAAGUUUGACAAAAUCGAAGACAUGGCUAUGUUCACCUUCCUCCAUGAGCCUGCCGUGCUGUUUAACCUCAAAGAGCGUUAUGCAGCUUGGAUGAUCUAUACCUACUCUGGGCUGUUCUGUGUUACUGUUAACCCCUAUAAGUGGUUGCCGGUGUAUGACCAGGAGGUUGUUAAUGCUUACCGGGGGAAGAAGAGAUCAGAGGCUCCCCCGCACAUCUACUCCAUUUCUGACAACGCCUAUCAGUACAUGCUGACAGAUCGUGAGAAUCAAUCUAUCCUUAUCACUGGAGAAUCCGGGGCAGGGAAGACUGUCAACACCAAAAGAGUCAUCCAAUAUUUUGCCAGCAUUGCUGCUGUAGGUGGUGGCAGCAAGAAAGAUGCAAACAAAGGUACGCUGGAAGACCAGAUAAUCCAGGCUAAUCCUGCUUUGGAGGCUUUCGGCAAUGCUAAGACUUUGAGGAAUGACAAUUCCUCUCGGUUUGGUAAAUUCAUCCGCAUUCAUUUUGGAGUAAGUGGAAAACUGUCUUCUGCUGACAUCGAGACGUAUUUACUUGAGAAAUCUCGUGUCACCUUCCAGCUCAAGGCUGAAAGAAACUACCACAUUUUUUACCAAAUUUUAUCCAAUAAAAAGCCAGAGCUGCUGGAUAUGCUGCUGAUCACCAACAACCCUUAUGAUUAUGCCUAUGUCUCACAAGGAGAAGUAACUGUUGCUUCCAUCGAUGACGGAGAGGAACUGGUUGCUACUGAUAAUGCUUUUGAUGUACUUGGUUUCACAAGUGAGGAGAAAGUUGGCGUCUACAAGCUGACCGGUGCAAUCAUGCAUUAUGGCAACAUGAAGUUCAAGAAUAAGCAACGUGAAGAACAGGCAGAGCCUGAUGGAACAGAAUCUGCUGACAAGUCAGCCUAUCUGAUGGGACUAAAUUCAGCUGACUUAUUGAAGGGUUUGUGCCACCCUAGGGUCAAGGUUGGCAAUGAAUAUGUUACCAAGGGUCAAAGUGUGUCACAAGUCUACUACUCUAUUGGUGCACUGUCUAAGUCAGUGUAUGAGAAGAUGUUCAACUGGAUGGUGGUGAGAAUCAACCAAUCUCUUGAGACUAAGCAGCAGCGUCAGUACUUCAUUGGUGUGCUGGACAUUGCUGGAUUUGAGAUCUUUGACUUUAACAGCUUUGAGCAACUCUGCAUCAACUUCACCAAUGAAAAACUGCAACAAUUUUUCAACCAUCAUAUGUUUGUGCUUGAGCAAGAGGAGUACAAGAAAGAGGGUAUUGACUGGGAAUUCAUUGAUUUCGGCAUGGACUUGCAGGCCUGCAUUGAACUAAUCGAAAAGCCCCUUGGGAUCAUGUCUAUACUAGAGGAAGAAUGUAUGUUUCCAAAGGCCACAGAUCAAACUUUCAAGUCUAAGCUCUAUGACAAUCAUUUAGGAAAAUCAAACAUAUUCCAAAAACCACGGACAGUGAAGGGUGGACCAGAGGCACACUUUGCCCUCGGCCAUUAUGCAGGAACUGUAGAUUACAACAUCACAGGCUGGCUGGUGAAGAACAAAGACCCGCUGAAUGAAACUGUAGUAGGGCUUUACCAGAAGUCUUCCCUCAAACUCCUUAGUCAUCUGUUCUCCAGCUAUGCAGCAGCUGAUGGGGCAGAGAAAUCUAGCAAAGGGGCGAAGAAAAAGGGCUCAUCUUUCCAAACUGUGUCAGCACUACACAGGGAAAAUCUCAACAAACUGAUGACGAAUCUGAAGACCACUCACCCCCACUUUGUACGUUGUCUGAUCCCUAAUGAAAGGAAAACACCCGGGAUUAUGGAGAACUGCCUUGUUAUGCACCAGCUGCGGUGUAACGGUGUGCUCGAGGGCAUCAGAAUCUGCAGAAAGGGUUUUCCCAACAGAGUCCUCUAUGGAGACUUCAAACAGAGAUACCGUAUCCUGAACGCUUCCGCAAUUCCCGAGGGCCAGUUUAUCGACAGCAAGAAGGGUACGGAGAAACUCCUUGGAUCCUUGGACAUCGAUCACACGCAGUAUCGCUUUGGAAACACUAAGGUAUUCUUUAAAGCUGGUUUGCUGGGUACACUGGAAGAAAUGAGAGAUGAACAGCUCGCUCGCAUUAUCACAAGGAUCCAGGCUAACUCCCGUGGUUUGCUCAUGAGGGAAGAGUUCAAAAAGCUUGUGGAACGCAGGGACGCACUGAUGGUUAUUCAGUGGAACCUUCGUUCCUUCCUUGGUGUAAAAAACUGGCCGUGGAUGAAAAUGUAUUUCAAGAUAAAGCCACUUCUGAAGAGUGCAGAGUCGGAGAAAGAGAUGGCCAAUAUGAAAGAGGAGUUCAAUAAACUGAAGGAGACCCUAGAUAAAUCUGAUGGCAGGCGAAAAGAGCUGGAGGAAAAGAUGGUCUCACUACUGCAGGAGAAAAAUGAUCUGCUUCUCCAACUGCAGUCUGAACAGGACACGCUUACUGAUGCAGAGGAGCGCUGUGAGCAGCUGAUCAAAAGCAAGAUCCAGUUGGAAGCCAAAGUAAAGGAAAUCACAGAACGAAUGGAGGAGGAGGAGGAAAUGAAUGCAGAACUCACAGCCAAGAAACGCAAGCUGGAAGAUGAGUGUGCAGAGUUAAAGAAGGACAUUGAUGAUUUAGAACUAACACUGGCCAAGGUAGAAAAGGAGAAACAUGCCAUAGAAAAUAAGGUAAAAAACCUAACUGAAGAGAUGGCCUCUCAAGAGGAGAACAUUAUGAAGCUUACAAAAGAGAAGAAAGCUUUACAAGAGGCACACCAGCAAACACUGGAUGACCUACAAAGCGAAGAGGACAAGGUCAACUCAUUGACUAAGGCUAAAGUUAAGCUUGAGCAACAAGUGGAUGAUCUUGAAGGCUCCCUGGAACAAGAAAAAAAGGUCAGGAUGGAUUUGGAGCGUGCCAAGAGAAAGCUUGAGGGAGAUCUUAAGUUGACUCAAGAAAAUGUGAUGGAUUUGGAAAAUGACAAACAACAACUAGAAGAAAAGCUCAAGAAAAAAGACUUUGAGAUUAACAACCUGAACAGCAAGGUUGAGGAUGAACAAAUGGUUAGUAUCCAGUUACAGAAGAAAAUGAAAGAGAGUCAGGCACGCAUUGAGGAGCUUGAAGAGGAGCUAGACGCCGAACGAGCAACACGUGCUAAAGUAGAGAAGCAGAGGUCUGACCUAUCCCGAGAACUAGAAGAUAUCAGUGAACGUCUUGAAGAAGCUGGAGGUGCCACAUCUGCUCAAGUGGAGCUCAACAAGAAGCGAGAGACAGAGUUUCAGAAGCUUCGCAGAGACUUAGAAGAGGCCACACUCCAGCAUGAGACCACUACAGCUGCGCUGCGUAAGAAGCAUGCUGAUAGCAUGGCUGAGCUGGGAGAGCAGAUCGAUAACCUCCAGCGUGUGAAGCAGAAACUGGAGAAAGAGAAAGGUGAGCUCAAGCUGGAACUCGACGACUUUGCCUCCAACAUGGAGAAUAUAGUGAAGUCUAAAUGUAACCUUGAAAAAAUGUGUCGUACUCUGGAGGACCAAAUGAAUGAAUACAAGGCUAAAACUGAUGAAAACCAACGAUCCAUCAAUGACUUAACUACUCAGAGGGCCAAACUGCUGACAGAAAAUGGAGAGCUCAGUCGGCAGCUGGAGGAGAGAGAGUGUCUGAUCUCCCAGCUUACGCGGGGGAAGAGUUCCUCCACGCAGCAGAUGGAAGACUUACGCAGGCAGCUGGAGGAAGAGGUAAAAGCCAAAAAUGCACUAGCUCAUGCAGUGCAGUCAGCCCGCCAUGACUGUGACCUGCUCAGGGAGCAAUAUGAAGAAGAGCAGGAGGCAAAGGCAGAGCUCCAAAGGGCUCUAUCCAAAGCUAACAGUGAAGUAUCCACAUGGAGGGCUAAGUAUGAAACCGAUGGUAUCCAGAGAACCGAGGAGCUAGAAGAAGCUAAGAAAAAACUGGCUCAAAGGCUGCAGGAGGCAGAGGAGGCUGUGGAAGCAGUGAAUGCAAAGUGCUCCUCCCUUGAAAAGACCAAGCAUCGCCUGCAAAAUGAGAUCGAGGACCUCAUGCUGGACCUUGAGCGCUCUAAUGCAGCAUCUGCAGUUCUCGACAAGAAGCAGAGGUCCUUUGACAAGGUCAUGGCAGAGUGGAAGCAGAAAUACGAAGAAUCUCAGUGUGAGCUGGAGGCAUCUCAAAAAGAGGCCCGCACUCUUAGCACGGAACUUUUCAAACUAAAGAAUGCGUAUGAGGAAGCACUUGACCAGUUAGAAACAAUUAAAAGAGAAAACAAGAACUUGCAGGAGGAGAUCUCUGACCUGACUGAUCAGCUUGGGGAGGGAGCGAAGAAUGUUCACGAGCUGGAGAAGAUCAGAAAGCAGAUAGAACAGGAGAAGGCUGAGCUGCAGUCCGCUCUUGAGGAAGCAGAGGGCUCUCUGGAGCAUGAAGAGAGUAAGAUCCUUCGUGCCCAGCUAGAGUUCAACCAGGUAAAAGCAGAAAUUGAACGUAAGCUCUCUGAAAAGGAUGAGGAGAUGGAACAAGCUAAAAGAAACUAUCAGCGCAUGGUGGAGUCCUUGCAGACAUCCCUUGAAUCUGAAACGAGAAGUCGAAACGAGAUCCUGAGAAUCAAAAAGAAGAUGGAGGGAGAUCUCAAUGAAAUGGAGAUACAACUGAGCCAGGCUAACAGACAAGCUGCAGAAGCCCAAAAGCAGCUCAAAUGUGUCCAAGCGUACCUGAAAGACUCCCAGCUACAGCUGGAUGAUUCUGUACGAGGUAACGAGGAGCUAAAAGAGAAUGUUGCCAUUUUGGAGCGUAGAAACAACCUCAUACAAGCAGAGAUAGAGGAGCUGCGCGCUGUAGUGGAACAGACAGAAAGGGGGCGAAAGUUAGCUGAGCAGGAGCUUACAGAGGCCACAGAGAGAAUGCAACUCCUUCACUCUCAGAACACCAGUCUGAUCAACCAGAAAAAGAAGAUGGAGGGGGACCUCAUGCAGCUGCAGACUGAGGUGGAGGAAGCGGUGCAGGAGAGCCGCAAUGCAGAAGAGAAGGCCAAGAAGGCCAUCACAGAUGCUGCCAUGAUGGCAGAGGAGCUUAAGAAAGAGCAGGAUACCAGUGCUCACCUGGAGCGCAUGAAGAAAAAUAUGGAGCAGACCAUUAAGGACCUGCAGCACCGUCUGGAUGAGGCAGAGCAGAUCGCUAUGAAAGGAGGGAAGAAGCAAGUCCAGAAACUGGAAGCCCGGCUACGGGAACUGGAGAGUGAGCUGGAAGGAGAGCAGAAGCGUGGGAUAGAGUCCAUGAAGGGAGUACGCAAGUACGAGAGGCGCAUCAAGGAGCUGACCUAUCAGACAGAAGAGGACCGCAAGAACAUGGCACGGCUCCAGGACCUGGUGGACAAGCUGCAGCUUAAGGUCAAAGCCUACAAGCGAUCCACUGAAGAGGCAGAGGAGCUGGCCAACGCCAACCUGGCCAAGUUUCGCAAGCUACAGCAUGAGCUGGAGGAAGCAGAGGAGAGGGCAGACAUUGCCGAGUCUCAGGUGAAUAAGCUUCGUGCCAAAACCAGAGAAACACCUGGCAAGAAAUCACUCGAUGACUGAUGGGCUUUUAGCAGCUAAGCUAUUCUUGAGUUUGCAUGCGUGCCCAAUUCUGUCACAUUAUGCCAGUAUUUUACAGAAAUUCUUGAAUUUAAAUUUAAACGUAUUCAGCUAUUCACUAACAAAACUAAAAAAUAAAUAUCCUUAUUAUUAGGUAUUCAGCAGUUUAUACAGCAUCCAACACUUCCCUGCUCUAAAAUACAAAAUAAUUUGAAACUUUCUAUUUUACCUGUUUUCACACAAGUAACUGACAAUUACUUGAUGAGGCAUCCCUCUGCUGUUUCAAUAUCCAAUAUCUCUUGGCACGCUAUUUCACAUGCAGGCCUUCCCUGACAACAAUUGCUGUAGCAUCUGCCCAAUCCUUGGAGGGUAAGCUAAAUUGUUUUCAGGAAACUGAGGAUAAGUGAUGCAACUGGAAAUUGAUACAUCAGGGACUGGAAUAAUGGAACUGAAGCACUAGUUACAUUUUGAUAAAAGGCAGCUGAUUAAAUGUACAUGCAGCACAUUGCACUGGAAGGGCAGAUGCUCAGAAUAUUAUUCUUUGGUUUUCCACACUCGUCACAGCAAAUAUGAAAAUUCUCUGUGCAAAUUUAGAAAAGAUAAGAUAUAGUAUUAGGGGUUUCUUUGCAGUCUCCUGCCUUAGAGAAUCACAGUUAUAAUGUAUGUUUACCCAUGAAAUAAAAGUGAAACUUUACAGGAAGUGAAAACAUAAAACACACAGAGCAAGCUGAGGUUUGAGUUGCAUGAAGAAUGCGUGACAUUCAGGGUUGGAAAAUGUUGGGUUUUUAAAUCACAAAUAUGGUAAAAUAAUAAAACACUGUCAAAAAAUAA